CCACCAGGAGUGGAGCUGGAAGCAAGGCUGUGGGGUGGGCCAGACCCUGGGUGCAGCAAGGUGAUGGGAGCAGGGUCAUCCAUCGUGUGUGCACCUCACCAGGUCCCUCCUCAGCUGGAGGCUGCAGCAUCAGCUUUGCAGAUAAAAAUAAAAAAUAACAAAUAUAUCACUCAUAAAAUAUAAUUGCUCCGUAACUGUUAUUGAGCAUUUAAAGCCCAGGUUUCAUAAUAGCCUUGUGAUAUCUGCAUUUACGUUCUUUUUUGGUAUUAUGCAAGCAGCUCACCUUGUGAUUAUGAAAUACUGAAAUGUGCUUUCUAAUACUCUCUGUUUCUCAACAAGUCCAUAAAACCUCUUCUGCUUUCCAUUAAUUAUGGAACAAUAAGACAUUUUUCUUGUCUCUUAAAAGGAGUUUAGCCCUCUCCUUAUGUUUUUUCCAAGUUCUGCUCCUUGGAGACGGUGCUGAUCCAUGCAGUUGGACUGGAGCAAACAUACCUCCUGUCCUUUGCUGUGCUGUACACCACUUGGAUCCGUCUUGGAGCAGAGGUCUUACUGCACUGGGGCAGUCCCAGCUCGUGCAGUGCUGUUGCUGGCACUGGUGCCGGUGGUGUGAUCUGCUUUCAUUGUUAGCUGAGGCAAGAGGGAAAAGUGGGAAGGGGGCAGGAUGGGGUGACUUCCUUUCCUCCCUGGAAGAUCUGAAAUAUUACCUUGCUUGAUAGUUGUUUUCCAAAUAGAAGCUUCUGUUAAUAGCAGAAGAAGCUUUUUCCCAGAAGGGCUGGGAGAGCCCCACAAAGGCUGUGGCACUGGGGCAGAGCAGAGCAGGACCUGCUGUGUAAGUGAGGCCCUGUGUGCUGCUCUUCGACCGUGGGAACAUGCUGGGUCUGCAUUUACCUCAUCUCCACGUCCAGCUGUUGUGGGAUAGUUGUGGUGGUUUUUUUUUUCCUUUCUUUUUUUUCUUUGCUUUCCUGUAGAUAAUAGGAAUGUAAAGUUCUCCCAAGGCACAGAUGAGGAAUGCAAUGCCUGAGCACACUGAAGAGGGUGAAUUCAGCUCAGCGGCCAGUGCUGCUGCUCUCCUCUUUCAUACUUGGAUUUAAACGCAUCCGGAGAUGCAUAACUCUUUGCAGAUGCUAAUGAGGAGUUUACAGAUAAGAUCCCCUGUGAGGAAAGGAAUGCUCAGAUAGUCUUACAGCAUGGGAAAUCAAGGUGAGGGUUCAGGCGUCUUGUCUGCAUUCACUGCAGGCGCUGCGGCCGUGGCAGAGUUGGGAGUAGAAGUCAAACCUUCUGGCCUCUCAACCUGUGCUUUGCUCAUUAAACUGUGCUCUCCUAAGAUUAGAUAAGGUGUGCUUUCAGUGCUAACAAAGCUUGAUGAGCAAAUUCCUUUCAAUAAAGGCUUUUGUUGUACAUUUGUCAACACAGAAUGAGGUUUGGGACACCAGGGAAGGGAAGUAACUUGCGGUUGUCAAUUUUCAGGAAGGAAAUCAAUCAGAUGAGUGAGGAGAUAACCAGCAGGUUAUGAAUUUAUGACUGAGGUCGGUGCACCAAGACAGGCAGCCACCAGUUGUGCAGGGAAAUGGAAGUCCAGUGUUGUGACUGGUCCUCAGCGAUGGGGAUGGGCCUCUUCAUCUCCUCCUGUCUUAGAGUAGCUGAUGUGGGAUACUCACGAUGCAGUCCUGGUGUGGGCAACCUGCCACCGUUUUUAGUAUCACUCACAAUCUGGAGCUCUGACGAAAUGUGGCACAGGGGUUUGCCAGGGCCCUCAAUUGAUGCUGUUGGUAACAGGGUUUUGCCUCAAUAUCGGGUUUCUGGUGGAUCCAUUUGCAGAGAUCUAAUGUAAUUUUCUUACAGCGUGAACUGUGCUAGCUUGGUGCUUGCUGUCACCCAGACCCAGAGCAACAAUUCAGUCCUGGCUUCAAGGUGCUUUCAGUGUGUGCAAACACUGGAAGCUGGACUGGUGUCCCAGCAGAAUGAAAUACUCCUUUCCAAUACAUCAGGCCUUCAGAGAAGAGAAGGAUUACAAGGGCAUCUUGAUCUCACGGUAAUUUGUCUUUGUAGCUGUAGCCUGGGGCUGUGCAGCAGUCUGGAGCUGAGGUUUGCUAGGUCAGGUGAAGUGACAUGGGUAGGCCUGCAGACAGCUCUGCUGGGAUUUAGGGCGGCCCUGCAGAGCGUGGGGUCAUGGUUCAGCUGAACAAGUCUCCAGCAGUCCCUCAUCUGUCUCCAGGGACUGCAGGCAAAGAGAAAACCAUCCCAGGCUUGGGUACAUGGAGAGCAGUUUGUGGGCUCAAGGAUGGAACGGAUAGAGUGGCGUGAAAGGUGCAGGGAUGGUGUCUUGGGCACUAAUGUAGAUGAGAUAUUUUGGAGCUUGUUUUGCUUCCUGAGGUGGAGCGUGUUGCUGCUUCUGCUCUUGCGUGGAUUUGAUCUCUGGUUAUGCACACCCUUAUCUGGCUCUGUGACCAUUAGUUCUUCAUCUUGCCCUCGUGGAAAGCUGUGAAUUGUUUCAUCUGAUAAGACUUUUCUUAUCAGCUCUGACGUUUAUUAUGUAGUCUUAGAGUUUUUCUAGGAGCUGUGAAAGAGAGGAUGGAGCCUGGGAAUUGGAGUUAAAAAGUUGUUCCUCUUUGCGCAGGCUGAUGAGAUUUAAACAGAAAGUAUGAAUCUCUCCAUUUGUCAAGCCAGUUCUCCAUUGUGUAUCAUGUCUAGCAAAAAGCCCAUCUUCCAAGACUUGCUUUCCUUCCUUACUUUGUGCGAUGUCAUCAGAAUGUUCCUUCUGGCCUUUAAACCUGCUACCCUGCUUGUGAGAUACCCAAAAACGCUCAGGCUGAGUUUGCACUGCUGUCCAUGGGCUGCACUCUUUCCAUGAGGCUCUGGUCUUGUUGUGCUUGGAAGGGCGUAGAGCCUUCUUGAGCAUCCUGGUUUCUCCUUACGGUAGGCAGGUGAAUGACUUUGGUGCUGCUUAUUGGAGCCAGCUGAGGAGAGGUCCCCGCUCGCUCUCCUUGCUUGGCACGUUGUGCCGGCUGGGCUCCGGUCUGAAUAACAGGAAAUCAUCAUGACUAACGUUGUGCUGGUAGAAAAAUUAAUAGAGGUGAGUAAUAGCACAAGAUACAUGGAAAUCAACAUUUCUCUCCUUGGAGGCUGUAGAUGUAAUCCGCUUAAUAUUCUGUGGAACACAAGAUUAAUUUUCUUCAGGAUAAUAUAUGUGAGAGCUUUUCUUUGGAGUGCGCUAGCAGAGGCAUUGCUGCAUUGCUGUAGCUGAGGGCAGGGAGUCAGAGGGGGAAGGAUGCUGGCUGCUUGUGGAGGAGCCAGGGAUGGUGUAGGCUUGCUAGAGGAGAUCCAACCCAUCUCUCCACUUCACUCCUGAGCACCUGGGCGCAGGGCCGGUGCCUGCAUGAGAUGAAAUGAGAACAGCCCCAGCCCUGCACUUGUCCUCCUCUGCAGCAUACCUGUGCUGUGGUUUGUGCUCGCUGAGCUUUGCAGAGGUUCCUUUAAAGCAAUGAUGAACCAAAACCCCUGCUCUUCUUCUUUCACGGGAUGGAAAGAAUGCAGCCACUUGCCAAGCCUAAAGAGGAGUAGAUAUAGCAGAGAUAAAUAAAUCAAACUGAUUUAUUUUAAGUUGAUUAAUCUGAUGUGUUUGUAUUUUUCUAAAAUAAAAUCCAGCCCUGGAGGUUUUAGCAAAUCAAAUAACAACAAUGGCAAUUAAUUUAGCAGCAGUUACAAAUGGUUCCCAUCCCUGCACCGCGUGACUCAUAUCGCUGUGUAUGGGCCAAAUCCUGCUUGGGGCUGUGCAGUUCCCCCUUUGUGCUGUGGGGUGGGAGCUGCAGGCUGGGCACAUGGUGCCUGCAGGAGGGCUUGGCUGCUGCUGGCUGCCUUUGUGCCGUUGGAAGCCCAACCGCUAUGCACCUCCCCGUUCUGUUUUCCUACUUUGUGCAGGUCUUCAGCAGGCUGCCACCUGUGGUCUUGCAGGGCUUGCUUUCCUGAUGUGUGUGUUGUGCUGAUGGUUCCAGUCUGCUUGUGCGAGCUGAUAAGGCUGGAGUCCUAGCAAAGAGCGUGUUGCUAGCAGAGGACGGAUAACGUCAUAUCUUGCUGCAGGGAGCAGAGCAAGCAGAGCUCUGAAGCCAGGGAGGUGUCAUGGGGCUGCAGUUUGAAGGGAGCUGAACGGAUCCCAUGAAGCAAGAGGUUGGGUGCACAGAGCGUCACGGCGACCUGCAGAGCAAAACCAGAACCGCUUCCUCGAGUGCUUGAGAAGGGUCCCUCUGUUUCGCCUUGGGUGAAGCACUGCUGUGGUACACAUCACACCAACUAAGCUACGUAAUCCCUGCCCUCGGCUGGGACAUUGAGACUUAAAGGCAGCUCCCUAAAUUUACCCAGGUGUUUUACAAUGCAAGCCACCAAGAAGCAAGGCGUACAGAAGUUUUGCUAUGGGCUGUACUUUAUGACCUGGCAAAAAAUUAUCGCAGCUCAUUUCAGCGAGUGUGGAUUGUCUCUGACCUGGAGCAGUUCUUCUGGCAUGCAGCUGCCAGGAUCUUGCUUUUUCUGCUGGAGGACCUUUCGCUUCCCCCCGUGUGAGUGAAGGACUGUCAGGAUCCAACCUUCUAGUUUGGAGUCUGGCUUUCCUCAAGGCAGCCUGUGAAAUGUAGGAGAAGGGUGCGAAGUCUUCCCUCCCCCUUCCCCAUACCUUGUUUGCUCUUGGGUGAGAAAGAUGUUUCCUGAUACAAGACACAGAAAUGAACAUACACUUCAAUUUUAUAUAGGUAUUUUUUGUAGCUUUGCUUUGUCAAGACAAUUCUAUGGACAAUGUAUUCAUAAUGCAUAUUUUUGGGAGCUUGUUGGGUAUAGUUGUGUUUUUUACGGUCUGUUGGCUGCACCUUGCAGACUUCUGCAACUGGUGGAACGCUGACUAAUUUGAUGUGAUUUGCUCCCUGCAUUGCCCUUUUUUGAAGCUAUCGCUGCUGGAGGGUUACCUGAUCCCCUCCUGCUCACCAGCCCUCACAGAGCCAAACAUGAGGAGCUGAUGCAAAGUGACGGCUGGGAGCAAACUCUUGGGAAAGCACGAGAGCAGCAGCUAUCUCCAUCACCAGGUGAUGGGUGAAGACUGGGCUGGUGUGCCAGCUUUGUCUGAAUGCAGCAAUGAGGUGAAGUUUUCCAGACACGUGUGCAGGGACUUGGCCUUAUUUUGAACAAAAUGUUAAAAGGACAGUGGCCAUCAUUUUGGGGUGUCCCUGGUUGGGUGUGAACAGGUGGUGCUCCACCUGUGGUUGCAGCACGUGGAGGACGAGCGGUCCAUCCAUGUCUCUCUCAGGUCUAAUGUUUACUUCAUGCUCCCAGUACCUCCAAAAGGUGUUAAGAGUUUGAUUUUUUUUCUUUUUUCUUUUUUUUUUUCCUUGCUUCUAAAUGCCUGUUUGGAAGCAAAGUGUUCUUCCACCCUUAGGUGUUUUUCUGGCCAUCGCUCUGGCUGCGAGGAAGGAGCAAGGCUGCCUUCCUUGAUGAAGGCAGUCAGACACCUGAGCUUGGCAGCUUCCACUGAAGGCUGCAGAGGCUGCAGUGUCCAUCUUGGAAAGGUGCACCCGGCAGUGAGCUGUCACCCCUACAGGCAUCCACAGGCCAAACCACGAACGUGUCCUGCGGUGUGGGACGCUGAGUUUUUUGCCUGCAUGUUAGAGAGGGCUCUCUGCUUUUGGAGCUGAGCUUGGCAGUGACCUUGCUUUCAGAGCAUGCCUCCAGGAGUGGUAUGUGAAGAGGCUGUAGUUGCUGGAGCAGCUGCUCUGAUAAGUAAUUAAACCAGCUCCUCUGAGAACCCAUAAACCUUUGACUGCAUUUUCUAGUAGGUAGCAAUAUCAGCUUGAUGCAAACAUUUGCUGGCAGAGGAGAGACUUUAUUUCUCAGAGAGACAAGAUCUAAACAUUUAGGAAUACUAUCCUAUUGGUCUGCAAUGGCAGAUGAGUGACUUCCAGUGUGGAGAGUGUCCAGCUGCUGCGCUCUAAUUGAUGUCUUGCGUCCUGAGAAGAGUGGCACAAUGCUAGUAGUGACUUAGAUCUUCUGGGGACUAUAGAUAUGAUUUAUAAUUGGCUCUGUAUCUUUUUAGAGACACUGAGCUUAACCAAGCCUUUUAUAUAUUGUCCUGUUGAGGUUGUGUGCUUGAAUUAGAUGUACGCUGAAGUGGCUGGCUGUGCUGGGGCCGUAUUCAUCUGAUGCGGGGCUCAUUCAGCACUAUUGCUUUUGCUGGUCCUUCUGCACUGAUUGACUACCAGCUCUUCUAGGUGAGCAGCCUUCUGUGAAAUGGAAGAAGUGUUGAUCGUGACUGCAAGUGAUUGUGGAGGCCUUCCUGGGGAUCUCUGGGAUGUGCCGUAUGACUUUUACAAUGUAUGAUUUCAUCUUAAGUUUGGGGAAGUCAACCUUUUAAAUGAGGGGCGAGCAGAAAUGCCUCAGUCAGAAGAACUCUGAUUUUUUUUUUUGUGUGGGCAAGUGCUGGUCUGUAAGCAGGGAAUGUAGCAGAGGUCAAUAUAUUACAGCUUCAGUGGUUCGGCCCCAGUGGGACUGAACAGAGGGGUAUGCGUGUGUAUUUUCCUGUCCUUUCUUCAGUGGGGUUGUUGGUUAUGCUUGUGGCUGGUAGCUACAAGUUCACACGUGCAUCUUCAGUUGAACAGAUAGCAGCUGGAGUAACCCAGCUUUACUGAUUGAAAAGCCCAGUGUGGUCGUUAGCUCUUACUUGAUUCCACUUUUGCCAGCUAUUGGCCAGUCUUAGCAUUUUGGAAGGGGAGGAGGUGCACAGGUAGUGGCUGGUGCUAAGCAAGAAGCUGGGGAAAGGAAUGUGGGGGAGCUGGGGAGGGGGAGGGGGGGAUUUAAAUGGGCAAAGUCCCAAAGUGACUCUCAAUGAGGGCUGGAGGAUGGGCUCCCUGUGAGAUGCUGAAGAGGAACGGUUCAAACAGAUUUGUUAAUAGGCUUCUCUCAGCUGUCAAGUGGAGAAAUCUUUCUCCUGUUAAUGGCUUAGCCUUGACAACAGUUUUUCUUAUGCUCUAUAGGAAUGUUGUUUCUUGACUAACAUCUUCAUUUAAGAUGUGGAGCUGGGUGUUUGGGGGUGAGGGAGGACAAACUACUUCUUCAGAAUGAAAACAAAACCCUCAGCAAGCUCCUUAUUACUCUUCCAAGUGGAGCAGCUUGUAUUGCUUGAGUAGGCAGGCGGUGCAGUGGUAGAUGGCAUUGAUGAUAGCUUGUUUUGUGAGGCUCUGGAUGGGUGGGCGAAGGAGGGGAAAAGUACCAAAGCUAGGAGAAGACGUGAGACUAAGCAAUCUCUGAGAGGACUGAAUAGCACCUAGUAGUCCAGUAUGGCUCUGCUUAAAUACAAACACUUGGGUUAUAACCAAAGGAAAAUAGCUUAGAAAUACCUGUGCAGCCUGUUGGGGUUUUUUUUUGCACUGAUUUUACUGUUGUGCAGGCUUAAAGGUAUGCUGUGCAAUGGGAAGUGUUCAAAGCUCAGAAGGGUAAUGUGCCCAGCCUUUUUUUCUAUAGCUUGAUCAAUAUUUUGUUGCCUUGGCCUUUGCCAUCCUGCUUUGCUUGCUGUUGUCUGCAGCUAUAUUAGCAAUCCUCUCCUGGCUCGUGCAGUCCAUCUUUGUAUUACUCACAGGGUUGUUAACGAGAAGAGCCUUGGAGAUGGAGACAACUGGUUUAUUAUUAAAAAGCAACUGUGUCUUCAAGUGCUCUUCAAAGCUCUCAAUUUUCCUCUAAACUGCGUGCCAUUUGGGGUAGCUUCCCUAAGGGGAGCGGGACCUUGUUCUGUCAAAUCAUACUAGUGCUUCAAUUCCUGCUGUAGAAGCCAACAUAAAAAGUAUGGUAAAAGGAGCGAGUUAAUGUGUUUUCAGAGGGAAUAGCAGCCGACUUCUUGGAGCUUGAGAUUUCUCAGGUCUUAAUGCUUGGGAGAUGUGUAUGGCCUCCAACAACUUUGCUGCCUUGAAGUGUGGCUUCCCAGAGCGUGGCCCAGCCGGGACAUUUGGCCUUGGGAAGUAAAAUCUGGGCAGGUGUUUAGUAUGGGGGGGUGAGAACUUGUUCUUUUGUUUCUUGUCCUCACUACUCAUGGCGAUGUUUUUGCCUAAUCAGAAAUACAUUACCCGUAUGACGAUUUCACGUAUCAAAUUGCAUCGCUGAAGGGCUUUUCUGGCUCUCGUGCAUUCCUGGGAAAGUGUUUUCUCAUACUGUAAAUUAACAAGCUUCCUCCCCUGGUUUGGAGCCCAGUGGGGUCAGAAGCAGUGAUGUUCACCAGGUGGCUGUGGUGGUGCUUCCCAGGGCUGAAAUGACUCCUUGUGACGGUGGGACUUGUCUGAGCACAGACACCUGCUCACAGAAGGAGCUCCCCGGUCUUGAGGGGCGGAUCCUGCGGGAAUCUUUGAGCUGGUGGAGCUUGUUGGCAAUGGCACAUACGGGCAGGUGUAUAAGGGUCGUCAUGUUAAAACAGGACAGCUUGCUGCUAUUAAGGUUAUGGAUGUCACCGGGGAUGAAGAGGAAGAGAUCAAACAAGAAAUUAACAUGUUGAAGAAGUACUCUCACCACCGAAAUAUUGCUACAUAUUAUGGUGCUUUUAUUAAGAAGAACCCACCGGGAAUGGAUGAUCAGCUCUGGCUGGUGAUGGAGUUCUGCGGCGCGGGCUCCGUCACCGACCUCAUCAAGAACACGAAGGGGAACACUUUGAAGGAGGAGUGGAUCGCCUACAUCUGCAGAGAGAUUUUAAGGGGCUUGAGUCAUCUACACCAGCACAAAGUAAUUCAUCGAGACAUCAAGGGACAGAAUGUAUUGCUGACGGAAAAUGCAGAAGUUAAACUAGUGGAUUUUGGCGUCAGUGCUCAGCUGGACAGAACAGUGGGCAGAAGAAAUACCUUCAUUGGGACGCCUUACUGGAUGGCCCCUGAGGUCAUUGCUUGUGAUGAAAAUCCUGACGCCACAUACGACUUCAAGAGCGACUUGUGGUCUCUGGGGAUAACAGCCAUCGAGAUGGCAGAAGGCGCUCCCCCUCUCUGUGACAUGCACCCCAUGAGAGCCCUCUUCCUCAUCCCCCGCAACCCGGCCCCGAGGUUGAAAUCCAAGAAGUGGUCUAAAAAGUUUCAGUCUUUCAUUGAGAGCUGCCUGGUGAAGAACCACAGCCAGAGACCGACGACGGAGCAGCUGAUGAAGCACCCCUUCAUCAGAGACCAGCCCAACGAGCGGCAGGUCCGCAUCCAGCUCAAGGACCACAUUGACAGGACGAAGAAGAAGCGAGGAGAAAAAGAUGAGACAGAGUACGAGUACAGUGGAAGUGAGGAGGAGGAGGAGGAAAAUGACUCUGGAGAGCCCAGCUCCAUCCUCAACCUGCCCGGUGAGUCCACGCUGCGUCGGGACUUCCUGCGGCUGCAGCUGGCCAACAAGGAGCGCUCCGAGGCCCUGCGCCGGCAGCAGCUGGAGCAGCAGCAGAGGGAGAACGAGGAGCACAAGCGGCAGCUGCUGGCUGAGCGGCAGAAGCGGAUCGAGGAGCAGAAGGAGCAGAGACGAAGGCUGGAGGAGCAGCAGCGGCGGGAGAAGGAGCUGCGCAAGCAGCAGGAGCGGGAGCAGCGGCGGCACUACGAGGAGCAGAUGAGGCGGGAGGAGGAGCGGCGGCGCGCCGAGCACGAGCAGGAGUACAUCAGGCGACAGUUAGAGGAGGAGCAGAGACAGUUAGAGAUCCUGCAGCAGCAGUUGUUGCAGGAGCAAGCGCUACUUCUGGAGUAUAAGCGCAAGCAGCUGGAGGAGCAGCGGCAAGCAGAGAGGCUGCAGAGGCAGCUCCAGCAGGAGCGGGACUACCUGGUGUCCCUGCAGCAGCAGCAGCAGCAGCAGCGGCAGGACCAGAGACCAGCAGAGAAGAAACCACUCUACCAUUACAAAGAAGGGAUAAAUGCCAGUGAGAAACCAGCGUGGGCCAAGGAGGUGGAGGAGCGCUCCCGACUCAACCGUCAGAGCUCGCCGGCGAUGCCGCACAAGGUGGCCAACAGGAUUUCAGACCCAAACCUGCCUCCUCGCUCAGAGUCCUUUAGUAUUAGCAGCGUGCAGCCGGCGCGGACCCCACCCCUGCUCAGACCCGUGGACCCGCAGAUUCCACAUCUGGUCACUGUGAAAUCCCAAGGAAGCUCCUUGUCUGGGUCUCAGUCACUGCAUGAACAGCCUGCAAAGGGGAUGGCUGGGUUUCAGGAGGCUCUGACGGUGACCUCUCACCGCACUGAGAUGCCAAGGCAGAACUCGGACCCCACCUCAGAAAACCCUCCUCUGCCCCCUCGCAUUGAAAAGUUUGACCGAAGUUCUUGGUUACGGCAGGAGGAAGACAUUCCACCAAAGGUGCCUCAACGAACCACUUCCAUAUCCCCAGCGCUGGCGAGGAAGAACUCCCCAGGCAAUGGCAGUGCCCUUGGACCCAGGCUGGGCUCCCAGCCCAUCCGGGCAAGCAAUCCAGACCUGAGGAGGACGGAACCCAUCAUUGAGAGCCCUCUGCAGAGGACCAGCAGCGGCAGCUCCUCCAGCUCCAGCACGCCCAGCUCACAGCCCAGUUCCCAGGGCGGCUCCCAGCCGGGCUCCCAGGCUGGCUCCAGCGAGCGCAACAGAGUCAGAGGAAACGUCAAACCCGAAGGGUCACCCGUGCUCUCCCACGAGCCCCCUAAGAUCAAGCAGGAAGACAACCGAGAUGUGACGCGACCAAGCCGACCCGCUAGCUAUAAGAAAGCUAUAGAUGAGGGAGAAAUGGAUCUGACGGCCUUAGCCAAAGAACUGAGGGAGCUGCGCAUCGAAGAAACCAAUCGCCCUCUGAAGAAGGUGACAGACUACUCUUCCUCCAGCGAGGAGUCAGAGAGCAGCGAGGAAGAGGAGGAAGAUGGGGAAAAUGAGACACACGAUGGAACCGUGCCUGUCAGUGACAUCCCAAGGCUUAUACCAACAGGAAUUCCUGGAAGCAAUGAGCCGUACAACCUGGGAAUGGUGACAACCCACGGUCUGGAGACUUCCCAUGCAGAUACGUUUAGCAAUAUUUCAAGGGAAGGGACUUUAAUGGUGAGGGAGACCUCUGGUGAAAAAAAGCGUUCUGGCCACGCAGCCAGCAAUGGCUUUGCAGGCCACAUCAAUCUCCCUGAUCUGGUGCAGCAAAGCCACUCGCCUGCAGGCACGCCGACCGAGGCCCUGGGGCGAGUCUCCACGCAUGCGCAAGACAUGGACUCGGUGCCUGAAUAUGGAAUGGGAAGUAGCACCAAAGCCUCUUUCACCCCCUUUGUGGACACCAGAGUGUAUCAGACCUCACCUACCGAUGAAGAUGAAGAUGAGGAUGAAGAGUCAUCCGCUACUGCACUGUUCACCAGCGAGCUGCUCAGACAGGAGCAGGCCAAGCUGAACGAAGCCAGGAAGAUCUCCGUGGUGAACGUGAACCCCACCAACAUCCGUCCCCACAGUGACACCCCGGAGAUAAGGAAGUAUAAGAAGCGCUUCAACUCGGAGAUACUGUGUGCUGCUUUGUGGGGUGUAAAUCUGCUGGUGGGCACAGAAAAUGGCCUGAUGCUGCUGGACCGAAGCGGGCAAGGGAAGGUCUACAACCUAAUCAACAGACGGCGGUUCCAGCAGAUGGAUGUACUCGAGGGCUUGAAUGUCCUCGUGACAAUAUCAGGAAAGAAGAACAAGCUGCGAGUGUACUAUCUCUCCUGGCUGAGAAACAGGAUUUUACACAACGACCCCGAAGUAGAGAAGAAGCAGGGCUGGAUCACAGUCGGGGACUUGGAAGGCUGCAUCCACUACAAAGUUGUGAAAUACGAACGAAUCAAGUUCCUGGUGAUUGCCUUAAAGAACGCUGUAGAGAUCUAUGCUUGGGCUCCUAAACCAUAUCACAAGUUUAUGGCAUUUAAGUCUUUUGCAGAUCUCCAGCACAAACCGCUGCUUGUCGAUCUCACUGUAGAAGAGGGUCAGAGGCUCAAGGUUAUCUUUGGAUCACACACUGGUUUCCAUGUGAUUGAUGUAGAUUCUGGGAACUCCUAUGAUAUCUAUAUACCAUCUCACAUUCAGGGCAAUAUUACUCCUCAUGCCAUUGUCAUCCUACCUAAAACAGACGGGAUGGAGAUGCUUGUGUGCUACGAGGAUGAAGGUGUUUAUGUGAACACCUAUGGACGGAUAACUAAAGAUGUGGUGCUCCAGUGGGGAGAAAUGCCUACUUCUGUGGCCUACAUUCAUUCCAAUCAAAUAAUGGGCUGGGGAGAGAAAGCCAUUGAAAUUCGGUCGGUGGAGACAGGACAUUUGGACGGAGUAUUUAUGCACAAGAGAGCUCAAAGAUUAAAGUUUCUAUGUGAAAGAAAUGAUAAGGUAUUUUUCGCGUCGGUCAGAUCCGGAGGAAGCAGCCAAGUGUUUUUCAUGACCCUCAACAGAAACUCCAUGAUGAACUGGUAACAGAGGAGCCCUUGGCACUUACCUUCGUGGCAUUAUUUCUAAUUUAAAGGACGUUAAACACGUGGACUAACACUGUAGAGGCAGAUGCGGAGGGCCCUGAGGAUCACCGCUCCCCACGCUCCCCUGCCGCCCCGGGGAGGGCUCGGCACGCGCCCCGCGCGCGGCUUGGGAUAGGGAAACCACCUCCAGAGGUGUCCCGACUACGCUGUGUUAUAGUGGGUUAUGAGGUUUCUUUCUUUCUUUCUUUCUUUCUUUCUUUCUUUUUGUUUUUUUUUUUUUCUUCCCAAUUUUUCUUUGUCCCCUACUUUGUAAGAACGGGGAAAGAAACCGUGUCAAAAAGUCUGUUUUUAAUUCUGUCUGCCUGCUAGCAUCAAAUAUAUAGUAUGUUGUAAAGUUACCAAUUAAAUCUGGUGAGAGACAGCACAAUAAAUGUACCUUUUAUCUCUGUGAUGAAGGCCAUAACCGUAUAGCUGGGUAAUUUUAGAAAUCUUUUGCCUUCACCAACAUUUACAUGUUGCUUUUGGCAGCAACGGCUUAACAGAUUUUUAAAGAAGAGAAAAAUAAUAGGUUUUUUUCCCCUCUUUUGGGAAAUGGAUUUUAAAUGGCUAAACUACUAGCCUUAGACUAAUAAAAAUCAGCUACCAUUUUUGUCAAGUCUGUCAAUCCAUAUUUCUAUAUGGAUCUUCACAUGAUGCUGUGUCGUGAUAGGGACAGCGGUGCCGUUUGCUGCCGCUCCGGAUGCCGGCGGGAGAGGGCUGGGGAUGGAGGGGGCCGGGGGGCCGCGGGCACCCAUCCCACGGAGGGGCAGCUGGCAUGGGGACAGGCGCGGAGCGAGCCGCCCGCCGUGCCGCCGAUCGGGCUUGUAAAGAGCUUAACAAUAUAUAUGUGUGUGGUUCCUUCGGCCAAGGGUCUGAAUCUAUACUCAUUUUCUGCCCCCCCCCCCGCCCCGCGCUCCCUACGAAUUACCCAACAUACAGUGAAAGACGACAUCUGUGCCGAAAUGUGUGUGUGUUUAGUUCGGGUUGAAUCGUGUCCUUAUAAACUCUGCUCAGUUGAUUUUACGUUUCAGUGCGUAUCUGGGGUUUUCUUUCUCAGUAGCUGCAAGCAUGGCCGCUGUGGUAUUGGGGUGUCGCAUAACAAGGUCUGUGUUGCUGGUUUUAACCUACCUCGUUUUGUUUGGGUUUUUUUUUUCUUUGUUUUGUUCUGUUCUGUUUUCUUUUCGUUUUGUUCCGUUGUUUUGGUGUUGAUCACAGCACUGUUACCUCCAGCGACAUAUAGAGAGCUUAACUGGCAAUCUUGGUGUACUCAGUAACGAUGGCUUUAUUAAAAAAUGAUUAAAUCAA